CCACGCCAUCAUUCUUGGUAUGAACUGUCCGCACAGAGAAACAGGUGGGGGUUCCUUUGGUUCCUUGCCCGCACUCCCUCCUCUCUGCGCCUCUCCUCACCGACACCGAGAUCCCUCUCCUGUCGGACCGAACCAUACCCCAGGCCUCGCUCUCUUCGUCCCACCUUCUCCUCGGUGGAGAUCGAAGCAUUCCAAUCCACAGGUAAGUUCGUGUCUGCCAUUGUGAUAGAUGGUAUAUUGAAGGGUUUUCGCUUUGGAAUCGUGGAACUUCGUUUCGGUUUCGCCGCUGUUGGACUGGCCAUAGGAGAACAAGGCAUCUGUGACGCAAACAUAUAAGGAAAUUUUAAAGGAGAAAAGGAGAGAAAAAAGGAAACAAAACUUUCUGUGGUCUGAAUCUAGUGGAGUCAUGAAUUCAAGAAGAGAUUAUCGAAGCAACAGAGCUGCUCUUUUUAAUGGCCUUGAGGAGGGUGGUAUCCGAGCCUAUUCCUCUCAUGAAAUUGAUGAGCAUGACAAUGAUAGGGCUAUUGAUGGGCUGCAAGAUAGAGUGAACAUUCUUAAGAGAUUGACGGGUGAUAUACAUGAAGAAGCCGAGAUGCAUAAUCGUGUACUAGACAGAAUGGGCCAUGAUAUGGAUGCUUCAAGAGGUGUUCUUUCUGGAACAGUAGACCGUUUCAAGAUGGUAUUCGAGAAAAAAUCGAGUCGCAGAAUGGCUACACUUGUUGCAUCUUUUUUGGCACUCUUUUUGCUUAUAUACUACUUAACCAAGUAGGGAUCUACAUGAUCUGUUAAGCUUAACCUUCAGGUUUUUGAUGACUUCAGAAGACUGUCGGUCCUACUACUAGAUUGUUGCAACAAUUGUUUGUGUAUAUAAUAUUUUUCUUGCGAAACUCUGUAAAGAUAUGAGAUCCUGAAGGUUUAAUGUCCUUCCCGUUUGAAGAUUGAGAUGUCUGGGCUGCUCCAUCAUUCACUCAUAAAACUAUAGCUAAUACUGUCAGAACUUAAUCGGGUAUCGAUUUUUGGCGAUCUAGUGAUUUAGUGUUCAUUUCAUCAUUAUACAAAGGAAUUGCAGCCUUGUGUAUUACACAUACACUGGAAAUUCUUGAAUUGAAUUAGUCGUCCUUCAGUCAGUGGACACA